AUGGCGAUGAGCUUCUUCUUGCCUACCACCACCCCUUCAGCCUCCGCAUCCCUCCUCCCCAUCCACCGCCAGCGCGCCACCGGCCCCUCCCUGUCCUUCCCCCUCAAGCCCCACCGCUUCCAAGUUCAUCUCAACCCUCCGCACUCCUCCCGAAUCCCCUCCCUCUCCACCUCCUCCUUGAAGACCCCGACCGAGAGCGUUCUCUCUUCCGUCGUCUCCACCUCGAGGACCCUCCUUUUCGUGUUCGUCGCAGGCCUCCUCUCCCUCUCCGGCGUCCGCUCACCCCCCGCCCUCGCCUGCGCUCCCACGCCGACCCAGCAACUCCAAGAAAUCGAAGAGCAAGAUGAGGAGGUGCGAAUGUAUUCGGCAAUUCUGAGCCGCAAUCCUGGCGACGUGGACGCGCUCAAGUGCGCUCUGUACGCUAAGAUGAGGCUCGCGGAUUGGGGUGGGGCGCUGCGGUACGCGCGACGGCUGCGUGACGCCGAGCCCAGCGAGGUGGAGUGGCGGCUGAUGGUGGCGCAGCUGCACGAGCUCAAGGGGGACCUCGCCGAGGCUGAGCGUCAGUUCAGGGAGCUCCUGGCAGAGGAGCCCCUCCUCGUCCGGGCUCUCCAUGGACUUGCACUAUGUAUGCAGAAGAAACUUGAAGGCCCUACUGUUUUUGAAAUGCUUGAGAAUGCUUUGCAGCUUGCAACUUCAGAGAAAAGGGUCCCGGAAGAGCGCAACAUAAAGCUUUUGAUCGCACAAAUGCAUGUUGUCAUGGGUCAGUUGGAUGUUGCAUCUGAGAAACUACAAAAUCUUAUAAAUGAGGAUCCUCGAGAUUUUCGGUCUCAUCUUUGCCAGGGCAUUGUGUAUGCACUUUUAGACAGAAAAGAAGACGCAGAUAAGCAGUUUGAUAUAUACAGAAGCCUUGUGCCGGAUGAAUUCCCAGAUAAGAGUUUUAUCAGUGAUGUUAUACUAGCGGCUAGAAUGGAGUCACAUGAUCAGCUACAAAAGGAAUUUGAAUCUGAGUUUCAAACGAAGAAAUGA